AUGGUAAAUCAAAGCAUAAUCAGUUUUUUAAAUAGGAAAUAUAUAAAAACCAACACAACAGAAGAAAGCGAAAAACUCAACAAUUCCAGAAAAGCUGACAAAAAUGAUGAAGAACUUAAGGAUCCUGCGCCUAUUAUCAUUCACGAUUUUGAAAUCCCUGAAAAUUUAUUAUACGAGCCAAUAAAUCGUUUCAAAUACGCUAUUAUCUGACAACGAGCCAAAAGAAAAAUUUUAAUCACCCUACGCUUGAGAAAAAUGAUCAAUGAAGUGAGAUUAUUUGGCCCUUCUCACGGAGUUUUUACAGAGUAUACUGUUUCACCGCCUCAAAUAGACGAUUAUUUUAAAUCUAGGGCAAAGAAUAUAAUAGAUAAAUAUCAUAAGAAAAAAGAAAACCUGCCGGCAUUUGUCUUGCACCCUUCUGGCUACAUAAGAGAGAUAUUAAACGCUUUUAUUUUUGUUAUUUUACUAUACACUGCAAUUGUAAUCCCUUAUAUAAUGGCAUUCCUUAUCACAAAUAACUGAGACUUUUGAUUCUGAAUUGAUUUUGCCCAAGACUGCGUUUUUAUUAUUGACUUAAUUUUGAAUUUCAACACUGCAUAUUACAAGAAGGAUGGCGCAUUUAUUACAGAUAGAAAGAUGAUUAUCUGACAUUACUUGACAGGUUGGUUUGUUAUCGAUCUUGCUGCAAGUGUUCCUUUUGAAAUGAUUGAUGCUUUAGCAUCGAAUAGUUUUUCUCAAAAUCAUGAUGAAAUAAUGAAAGCGCUAAAGCUGAGAAUCCUCUUCAAAGGGUUAAGACUCUCACGACUGAUAAAAUUCCUUGACAGCAAAUCAUUGAAAAAGAUAUUUGAAUGCUUAGAACUUAAUUUCAACUUCCAUAGACGGUCCGUUGUUAUUAUGUAUUGAAUUUUAGGCGUUUUAGUACUUAUGCAUAUUGCAGCAUGCAUGUUUUAUAUGACUGGCAAAUUAGACGAUUUUGAUCCUGAUUCAUGAAUUGUCACUAAUGAUUAUCUUGACAAGAAUUCAUAUACUAAAUAUCUUGCUGCAUUUUAUUGAGCCAUGACUACGUUUACAUCAAUUGGCUAUGGAGAUAUAUAUGCUUCGACAAUACCUGAAAAAAUUGUGGCCAUUUUAUGAAUGGCGAUCGGAGUUUAUUUUUUAUCAUUCAGCAUCAGCAAUAUUGCAAAACUCUUUGAAGAAAGCGACACAAAAACAAGAAUUCUUGAUAAAAAAAUGGCGGUGGUCGAAGCCUAUAUAAAAUCAUCUGCUUUAUCAAAUAAUAUAAAAAUGAAAAUUCAGCGAAUUGUUAGUAAUAAUGCAAUGAAGAAAAACUAUUCUCAAAAUGAAAGAGAUGAUAUGCUUGAUGACUUCCCAACAACAUUGAAAUAUGAAAUUGGCAUAAAUAUGCACUUUGGAGCAAUUACAAAAUUGGAAUUUUUUCAAAAUAAAGAUUUUAAAUUUAUAUCUGAGGUCGCAGCUUACCUUCAGCCAAUGUACGUGCCAUAUUCUGAGUUUGUGGUCGCUAUUGGAGAAGUUGCAGAUUCAAUGUAUUUUGUAGUAAAAGGAAGAGCAUCUUAUGUCUGUGAAAAUAAUAUUGCUUUUUAUAAGUGCAAUGAAGGAGAAUCCUUUGGAGACUAUGAAGCGAUUAAUAGAGUAACGCGAAAAUAUAACAUUAUGGCAGGAUUAAACCUACACCUAUUAAUAUUAACCCAAAAAGUAAUUGUAAUGCAGACAUGCUCAAAAAUAAAAUUUGGAUUUCCUCUUAUCUGAAAAGAAAUGGAGAAAAGAGCUUCUGAAAAAGAUGAAAAAAUAAACAGCACGGGACUUUUUUGGCUUGUUGGUAAGCAAAAAAGCCCCGUGCUGUUUACCCCAAGUCACUAUAUUUACUAGCAGAAAUGAAUGCUUUAAUUAAGGCAAACAAAGUUGGAAUGCUCAAUGAAUUAACAUCUUUAAGCUUCAAAAAAUUAAUCAUAGAAGAAUUAAAGAAGCUUGACAAUGAAAAGGAAAGUGUGAUUUUCAUAAAAAAUGAAGGAUUGGGAAAUAAAGAGCUUGCAGUGAUGAAAGAGCAGAUGAUCAGAAAUAAUGCAAAAAUGGAAAGAAUAGAAAGGCUGCUUAAAAAGAUGCUGGAAAGCGAAGAUAUUUAUAUGGAUUGUGUGAGUAGUUCUGAGUCUGAAUCAUUAACAACCAGAGGACGACUUUUAAGCUAA